AUGAGAUCCGCCGUCAUCUUGGUUGUCAUUAUGUUGGUUGCCUUGGCUGCUGCCAAGAAGCUCUCCACUGAGGAGCGCCAAUUCCAACUCUACCAAAGCAAGUUCAACAAGCAGUACACCUCUGAGGAGUACUCUGCUCGUUUCGCCACCUUCAAGGCCAACUUGAAGAACAUCAACGCCUUGAACAAGAAGUCUGAGCAGUUGGAGUCCACCGCCCAAUUCGGUGUCACCGAGUUUGCCGACAUGAACCAGGCUGAGUUCAGAAAGUACUACUUGAACGCCGUCCAGGCCGUCCGUCCAGAUAAUGCCGUCGUUGCUGAGGAUCUCCCAGUUGAUGACAUCCCAACCGCUGUCGACUGGAGAACCAAGGGUGCCGUCACCCCAGUCAAGAACCAAGGUCAAUGUGGUUCAUGCUGGUCCUUCUCCACCACUGGAAACGUUGAGGGUCAAUGGUUCCUUGCCGGAAACACCUUGACUGGUCUCUCUGAGUCCAACUUGGUCGACUGUGAUCACGAGUGCAUGAUCUACCAGGGUCAGAACUCAUGUGAUGAUGGAUGCAACGGUGGUUUGCAGCCAAACGCCUACACCUACAUCAUCAAGACCGGAGGUAUUGACACUGAGGAGUCAUACCCAUACAAGGCCAAGGAUGAGACCUGCAACUUUAACGCUGCCAACAUUGGUGCCAAGAUCUCCAACUUCACCUUUGUCUCCCAGAACGAGACCCAAAUGGCUGCUUACCUCGCCCAGCACGGCCCACUCGCCAUUGCUGCUGAUGCCGUCGAAUGGCAGUUCUACAUUGGUGGAGUCUUUGAUUUCCCAUGUGGCAAGUCAUUGGAUCACGGUAUUUUGAUCGUUGGAUACUCUGAGGAGAAUCUCCCAAGCGGCGGAACAAAGCCAUAUUGGAUAGUGAAGAAUUCCUGGGGCGCUGCAUGGGGAGAGCAAGGAUAUCUGAAGAUUAUGAGAGGCGUCGGCGAGUGUGGACUCAACACCUUCGUUACCUCCUCCAUCGUCUAA